GCGUUGAUUGAACCACGGGGUCGUGGCUAUUCUGGAGACUACAGAGGAAGAGGUGGUCGUGGAAGAGGCCGUGGUUGGCCUGCACGGGAUGAAAGCAGAGAACGCGGUCGAGAUAGGGACGUUGAAUUCCGCGACCGCUUUCGCGACGAGAGGAGUAGAGAACGCGACCGAGAACGGGAUAGAGACCGGGAGAGAGAAUGGCGCGAUCCCUAUCGUUCACGGCGCUCCCCCAUAGGCAGAGCACGCUCCCCGCCACGAGACUUUAUCCGCGAUCGAGACCGAGAUGGACCUCCAGGACCUGAUGCUGAUAGACCGCGCCGCAACUCACGGGAUGGCCCAUUGUCAGGAGGCUCGCCAAUAUCCGAGCCGCCUUUUGGACCCCCACCACUCCAACGUGGUGGGUCGUUUGUUCGCGGAAGGGGUGGUAGAGGUGGAAGAGGAGAUUGGAUGGGCGACCGGAACCGUGGACGAGCAUCAUUCGACGACCGUGGAGACCGUUACCCUAGAAGUCGAUCUCAGGAAGGUCGCUGGGGACGCGAGCGGGAUGAGCGAGAACGAGGAGACAGAUAUCCUGAUGCGGAUAUGCGCCCCAGAGAUCCUCGUGAUGAGCGAGACAGGCCCUUGGAUUUGAUCCGUCCGAAGCUAGACGCCCGUGGGAACCCUCUGGACUCUGGUACUCCCAAACGGGAUGUAUCCCCUCCUCCUGUAGCACCGUCUGCUCCGGCCUUCGGGUCAGUGCCAAACCGCCCUCCAAGCAUUGGAGAGAGCCAGUUGAGCAUCGCAGGAACCGGCAAGCCUCCUCCAACAGCCCCGAGGGCGUUCGGUGAACAAAGACCAUCACUUGGCCAGGAGCCCCCUAUGGCCCCAACUGGACCCGCCAACAAGCCGCCCUUGCCCCAUGAAGGUCCAGCAAUUCCCUUGGGGCCCCGAGCACAACAACAGAAGGUUCAGCGGCCGUCGAGCAAGCAAUGGAUUAACCCUAGUCUGAAGAAAGCCCCGGAUUCGCCUAAGCUUAUGAGGUCCCAGACCUUUACGCAGCCACGAACUGGCCCUCCCCGACGGGAGAGUAUGCCGUCAGACCAAGGUUUGCCGGACAGGAGGCCUCAGAGUAGUGAUUCAAAGGCCGCUUCUGACUUUGCUGACUCAGAAACCCGAAACCGAUCCCAUUACAGUGCAGAGCCUGGUGAAAUCAUGUCCAAAACCGACAACGAUUGGCACAUGGUGGCCGGAUCUGAUGAAUACAGACGCCUCUCGCUAUCGAUCAAGGGCGACGACACAAGGGACAAGGAGAACUACACUACAUCGCCCGGGGCUCGACAGAUGAAUGGCAAUUAUCCAAAGGAAGAAAGUCGACCGAAAGAGAGCAAUCUGAAGAAGCGAAAGCGACCUCAUCUCCGCGCUGUCCGGUUUGCCUUGCCACCGAAACCUCAAGCCGCGCCAGAUCAAGAUUGGGAUUCCGAUGACGACGAUGAGGACAUGAGCGACUAUUUUGCUAUGCAGAUAGAGAAAACCGAGGCCGUGUUGAGCACGUUACAAAAGCCAACCCUUCCGAUGGAAGUAGUAGCGCAUUAUGCUGCCAUCUCCCACGGGGCAAUGGUCAAGAUACUGAACGAAGGGGACGACCUGGAAGGCUUACUUGGGAAGGUACCGGAGAAGCUUCACAAGUCGAAAAAGAACAUUGAAACUGCACCGACACCCGCCAGCAGCAUCCCAGCACGGGAAGUUACUCUGCCCAAAAAGGAUGUACUUGUUCGUCGAGAAGAUGCAGUGGCUCCCAAAGGAAUCUCCUCUGCCAAAGACAGCGCAACUGCUAAGGAGACUUUGGUCGUAAAGCCAGCUACGAAAGAACCAGAACCGACCAACGAGAAUGCAGAGAGAAAGGAGAAGGUAAUCUCCACAGAAGUUGAAAUGGCAGAGGUCCCGGUGGUGAAGGAACCCUUAGCUCCGAAUCCCGUUCCAGAACCCGACACAGACACAGUAAUGCAAUCAGACGAUGCUGGUGAGAACGUGGCAGUGGAAAGCGAUAGCACUCUAAAGCCGGAGACUCAGGACCUUCGAAUCGAACCGAAAUCUGAGGAAAUGGAGAUUGACAGUGUUGAAGUUAAGGAACCACCACCUGCUCCAUCAGCCUCGGUACCUUCAACACCUCCGCCAGCUCCAGCUGAUUCUGAAGUAACGCACGAAGAGAGUGGCCCGAAGUCUCCUCUCCUGGCACCUGCCAAGAAUGACGACAAUAAUGCUCCCGUGGAACCUGCUGCCCCGCCUGCAGAAACUAUUCCAAGCGUUCUCAUGGAAAUCACAGCGUCUGAAGUGAAAGUUCCUAGCACGCCAUCGCAGGUCGAGGACGAAGGCGACGAUGAUGAAACAGAGUCCGAGGACGAGGCAUAUCUUGACCCUGCUGCGACGCGAAGGUACAAUGUUACACCCCCGAUUGAUGGUCUUCCACAACCCAGUGUGGGACCAUGGCACGAGGACAGCGAUUACCUUGCAUCACUUGAUGCAGAUACUGGAAUGGAAGAUUUCAUUCUUGGGCAUUUAGAGGACAUGCACAUUACCAAAACCAAAGAGACUACGGAGGGGCAACAAGCGUACCGUGAUAGCUACACCAAGUACCUCAAAUUCACGUUGUCGACUGAUCCUGUUGCUGCCAAGAGUCGUGACAAAUUUUCUGUCUCGGGCCCGUCAACCGAAGUUGCCGGGCUUGCAACUCCAGAGCCUAAGCCUGAAGGGAGAACUAGUGGUAGGCGUUUUGCUUCAGAGCGUGAUCUUGAGCGAGUCUUACAGGCGUCGAUGCGGGAAGAGGAUGAGAGAAGGGAACGUGAAUUGAGAGCCCAGAAAGAGAAGUAUCGGAGUGAAAAGGAGGCUGUGAUACCUGACAUGUACUGGGAUGCGGAAGAUAAGGCUAGAGUUCAGUUCUACGACCGGUCAGGUUUCGUCAACCAAAGCGAGCUUGCGUCUGCGUGGCAUGUUCUUCCUCCAGUCAACAACUUCACCGAGCAAGAAGUUGAGCUCUUUGAAAAACGAUAUCUGGAGGUGCCGAAACAAUGGGGCAGAAUUGCCGAGACGAUUCCCCAUCGUGACUUUGGCGCAUGCAUUCAGUAUUAUUAUCUCAUGAAGAAAGAGUUGAAGCUCAAGGAGAAGCUCAGGAGACAGCCUAAGAGGCGCAAGAAGGGCAGAGGGAAGCAAAGGUCAAGUGCCCUCGUAUCUGAACUUGGCAACGGCGAACCAGAAACGGAGGAGAACCACGAGAAUGGGGAGAACGGGGAGAGCAGACGCCGUCCUCGACGGGCCGCAGCUCCUACUUGGGGCUUUGAACAGCCACCCAACACAGAGUCGGAAAAUGGCACCCCUGCCAGUACUCCUGGCCGGCGCGGUGCUUCUGUCAAGGGGGAAGAAAAGGUCGAUGGUCGGAGAGGCAGAAGAUCAAAGGCAUCCAAGGACAAGGAGCCGAAGCAACCCAAACCUAAUCAAGCUCUGGCUGCUGCUCCAGCACCUGGGACUGGCAGAUCACGCUCAAGGUCAGACAAUAAGGGACACAGUAUGGAACUUCAGGCAGGAACUCCCACUGAGGGCCGUGGCCCGCCCCCUCAAUUUGAGCAACAGCAUCCGGGAGUCCAGCAUGCUUUUUCUGUUCAGCAACCAAAGCAGGAGCCUCGGCCCCAAACUAUGGAGCGCCAGCAGGCUUUGCCUACAAGUUCCUCGAUUACAGAUGUUAUCGCAGCUCCCUCUUUGCGGCCAGAACCCCCUCAACCACCGCCACAGCCGGCCAUGGCUACAUUUAACCUGACACAGCCUCAACAAGAGCGGAAGGCCCCGACACAAGCGUCAAGCUAUUGGAGUGUAUCCGAAUCCAACGACUUCCCACUUCUACUUAGGGCAUUCGGGUCUGAUUGGGCAGCUAUUGCUGCUCAUAUGGGAUCCAAGACGGCAGUUAUGGUCAAGAACUAUUUCGUCCGACAAAAGGAUCACGGGAAACCCGAAUGGGAGCAGCUCAUGCGUGAAGCAGACGCAAAACGAGAACGCGGCGAGAAGCGGCCCGAGCCACCAAUGCCAACCAGUGGCGGCCGCGGCCGACGAUACGAGAGCUCCGGAAGUACGAACGCAUCUCGACCACUUGUCCCUGCACCUGGCAAUGCGGAUUUGAUGCCGGAGGCAGCCCAACCCAAGACCGAAGCGGGUGUGCAGCCCAGCAGACCACCAACUUUUCCUGCAUUUGGAUACCCAAUCAACGGCACACCGGAGGAACAGGCCCAGGCUCGGGCCAAUGCACAGGCCCAGGCUCAUGCUCAGAUCCAAGCUCAAGCCCAAGCUCAGGCUCAGGCUCAGGCACAGGCACAGGCACAAGCUGUGCCAGCACGCGGUCAGCAACCACUGCAAAUACAGCAACAGCCUGCAGUUUCUCAGCCACCACCCCCGGUCAUGUCUCCUGGUGCUCGAUCUCGGAGAGCGCCCUCUCUUCCAUUCUCGUUCCAUGACCGAGACAGGGAACCACCUCAACGUGUUGCAUUGCCAGGGGCAAAACAACCCAUCCCUCCCCAGGAUGUUCGAGAGCAACUUCGAGAGCAACGACAUGCUCCUCUCACACAACAUAUGCAGCCGCCACAGCCUGAACUCGGCCCCGAGAGGCAGCAAAUGGAGUUGCAGCAGCGAGAGAUGGAGCGCGAACGAGAACGCGAGCGUGAUAGGAUAGAGCGGGAGAGGGAGAGGGAAAUGGUUCGGCAACAAGACCGCCGACCGAUGAGAAUCAAACCGGAAGCAGACCCCCUCUCCCCACGCCAAUACGAGCCGUUUGGUCAUCGUCCGCCAACGCUUCCUCCAAGAAAUGAUCCGCUGGCUUUGCCCCGACAUACGCAAGAGAUCCCCAGGCACGAGCUGCCCAGGCAUGAACAACCCAGGCACGAGCAGCCUAGACACGAACAACCCAGACAUGAGCCACUCAGGCACGAGUCACUCAGGCAUGAGCCACCUAGGCAUGGGAUUCCUUCAGCUUAUGCGCCCUUGCAGGCUGGAUCACAGCCAGUGCGAAGCAUCCUAAGUGAUGCUCCUCCAGCUCAAUCUUCACCUCCACCCCUGGCUCCUCCUGGCUCUAGGCCGCCUUCUGUGCUCCAGCAGAGAAUGCCAGGUGGUCCUGGCCAAGAUGUGUAUGGCUCAGCUCCACCACAGUCUGCACCACCAACACCGGCUGCCGCCCCUCCUAGACCUCCAGAGCCUCGCAAGGCAUCCAGCAUUAUGUCGCUAUUGAACGAUGAUCCCCCGCCGCCCAAGCGCAUGAGCGAUGUUUCCGGCCAGUCUUCCAGGCCCUCGCCAACCCCUCCGCCCCAGACAAUGGGGCGACCUUCGCCAAGAGAAGCCCCUCAACCGGCACCACUACGCCGAGAAGAACCCCCGUACUCUCCUUAUGGCAGGCCGCAACCCGGACCAGCAUCUGCUAUGCCGCCUCUCAAGCCUACUUACGCGGCUUCGUCUCAACCACAAGCCUCAGGUGGCCCCCGUUCUGCGCUGGGCUUAGGCUCUGAGUCUCCAGCCUUGAGAGAUCAAGAUUACUAUCGACAGCACGCAUACCCAGCUGGUCAUCAGCCCAGCGCAAGCAACUCUCCUCAGCAUCAGCAUCGCUUUCAACCUUCAGGCCAGCCCCCAAUGGGAUAUCAGGGUCAAGGCUAUCCUACAUCGUAUGGGUCAGCACCACCACCACAUGCGUCUUCUCCACCCCCUCAGUAUGGGGUACAUAACUCAGCCUCGAGGGGAAGAGACGUACCCCAAGGUGCCCGAGACUCAUGGCCACCAGCUAGUCAUCAGCCACCUCCAUCUAACUGGGCAACUCAAGGUCCAAAGAGCAGCCAACCACCUCCACCCCAGCAGUCAUGGGCUCCUCAGCACCCUAGCUCCUCAGGCGUCAAUGGACCGACAAGCUCUUGGGCUACAGCUCCCCCCCCUCAGCAGACGCAUCAUUCUACCGGUCUGAGAGACGAGCGCGGAUCGCCAAUGUACGCGUCCAGUGGGGUACCUCAACAACAGCAUCAAAUGCAGGGCCGGUACGCUCCGCCCACUUCCUCCAGAGGACCAGACCCGGGCCCACCGUCAUCGCAGUCUUAUCCACGAUACGCAUCGACUCCCGGCCCGGGACCCGGACCUCAACCGCCACGAGAACUUCCCCCACGAAGUUAUACGCCAUCUCCCUAUGAUGGUCGCGGACCUCCGCCCUCACAAGGCCCUGGAGGGUAUUCUGGGCCAGACCCCCGGGAUCUGCAACUCCGAGAUUCUCAGCACCGAGAUCCUCGAGAAUUGAGAGACCCUCGAGAGCUAAGAGACCCCCGCGACAUGAGAGACCCCCGCGACCUGAGAGACCCCCGAGAACUGAGAGAUCCCCGAGACUUGAGAGAUCCUCGAGAGCUUAGAGACCCCCGAGAAUUAAGAGACCCCCGGGAUGUGGCGCAUGGUCUUCGACCCCACGAGUACGACCGACGGAUGGAUCAGUUUAGG